AAAAUGUGGGCUCUCUGGCAGAGUGCUGGGAGGGAGCAAAAAUGUGGACUGUCUGCGGGUUCUCGAGGACCGGGCUGGGAAACACUGGUUUAAGUAUUGCGUAUUGUUGUCCUAUAUGUACUGGACAUAUUUUAGGAACUAAAAUAAGAUUGUGCGGAAUGAAUGUUAUAACAGUAGUGUACUGGUUAUUAAGAUGGUGUGUACUUGUACCCAGAAUGGCAAAUUGUUUUUGUUGAGCUUAUCUUUCAGAAAGUUAUCCGAAGCUGUACAUGAAAAGCGACACAGAUUCAAAUUAUAUUAUUUUCUGAAUAAAAGUGAAAAAAUACGUUAACUGAAAUUUUACUUCCAAAUCAUUCACUCUGAUAAUAGAUGACCACUCUUCUGAUUGUGGUGGCUUGAUAUGGCGGCUUUUUCAUACAGAAAAUCCGUUGUAUUAAAAUACUGCAUUUCCCAAGAAAGGUAACGCACUGUGAAAAUUGCUGAACUAUAGCUAUAACAACCUACACGACCAACGCGUUUGGACUGAUUGCUGUAGCAUGCACUUUUUUGCAGAGCAGUUAGAUACGUCUACUUAAUCAAACUGUCACUGAAGAAGUUACUCUGGGACAGUCGCUGCCAGCGCGGAAUGACGUCAAAGGAGAUGAUUUUAAUCCCAGCCAAUGAGAGAAGCUGAAAUGAGUCCCGCCUCCCGUACCGCGCGUGCUCUCGUCCCAUAAUUCCUGUACUGCGGAAUACGGUGGACUUUGUUUUCCGUAAAGGAAAUCAUCUAUUCUGCUGUGCUUUGAAGAGAACAUGAGCGUUCAGAAGGACAGAGUGAUGGCCGUCAGCGAGUGGGAGGAACGCUGGCAGACCGGAAGAAUCGGAUUCCAUAAUUUUCAUGUUCACAAGAUGCUGCAAAAAUGCAUCGACAGGGUUCUUUGUGGCCGAUCAGGGGUCCGGUUUUUCUUUCCUCUCUGUGGAAAGGCCGUCGACAUGAAAUGGCUUGCAGAUAUGGGCCAUUCUGUGGUAGGGGUGGAAAUUUCUGAGAUGGCUAUCAAGCAAUUCUUUGAGGACCACAAUAUGACCUAUACUGAGGAGACAGUCCCUGCUAUCCCAGAAGGCAAGCUCUUCAAGAGUUCUGAUGGAAAGAUCUCUCUAUAUCAGUGCAGUCUUUAUGAUUUUUCCAGUUCUGUUGCAGGACAGUUUGGAGGCAUCUGGGACAGGGGCUCCUUGGUGGCGAUUAACCCCUGUGACAGAGAAAGGUAUGCCAGCAUUUUACUUUCCCUAAUGGACAAGGACUGCAGGUACCUCCUGGACACGUUACUGUACAACCCUGAGCUCUUUGGAGGUCCACCCUUUGCUGUGUCGGAUGAAGAUAUAAGGACUUUAUUUGGAAGUGCCUGUGAGGUUCAGUUACUCGUGUCUCAAGAUGCAUUUGAAGAAAAGCAUAAGACAUGGGGGCUGGACUAUUUGACGGAGAAAGUGCAUCUCCUUACCCUAAAGAGCAACUAGGCUUUUUAAAAAAAAGCAACCAAGCUCCUCUGCUCAACCUGCUUCUAAUGGGUCUGGUUUUAAUCAUAGCUACUCGGACAUAAUUGUGAACAUUCCCACUAAACUUGAAUCUUAUUUGGGAUACAGCUGGCAUUAAAACCUUUAAAACUUUACAGUUGUUGAUUUCAUAUGAAAUACUAUGUCAGCAACACAAGCUGGUACUGUAAACUGCUACUGUAAUUACAGACUAGGUGUGGAAAUGUGUACUGUGAUGUAUUUUAGUAAUAAGGCUAAACAUAUUGACAAAAGAAUGCCUUAAACCUCUGACUGAUGUGUCGUAGUUGGCAAUCCAAGACUACUAGUAAAACACACUGUCUCUUUGCAUUGUAAAAAAAAAUGCAUUCAGUUAGGCUCUUGUCCCUCCUGUAUUCUAAGUAUGACCAUUCUUAUGCAUCCCUGGCAUUUUUCCACAUAAAAUUGAUUAUGAGUUUG